UAUAAGUUAUAAAGCUCAGACAUUAUAAAAAGUCAUGUUGUUAAGCUGUGUCUCCACAUUACGGAAUCUCCUGCACAUACUGUAUUAAAGACUAUAUACUAAAGUUGAUCCUUAGGAUAUAAUAGAUACCAAUUGAUGAUCUCUAAUACGGCUAAACCAGGAUGAAGGUGGUUAGUUUGGUGGCAAUUCCAAUUGUCUUGUAACUUUGUAAACAUUAUGCAAACUAGAGUAUCUAAUUUAUAUAGAGUUAGAAAUCGUAUGGGAAAAAGUGAGGAUUUAAGGAGCGGCAGAAUCAUUUUAAAAUGGAAAGGGGGGAUGGAUGGCAAAACAAUUGUUUUCUAUAAAUACAUCAUCAUAUCUCUUUCAUUCAUAGUUAGUUUUAUCUAUAUAUCAACCAAUUUAUCAAUGUGUCGUUCAAGUGAUAGGAACAGAAAUCAAAAAGAGGAUACUCCUGUAUCCAAUUCAUCUGCCAAAAAUGAUGAAGAAAUGGAGAAGUUAAUUGCAAAUAUUGAAGAUUUUAAACGUAACUUUAGUACCGUUACCAAAUCAAUUUUCAAUUUAACUAGUGAUUCAUUGACUCAAUUCAAUGACAUAGCUAAGGAUUACUCCUUCAAUUGGUUAUUUGACAUCGAUAGAGAUGAUAGAGGAAAUGAAGAGCAAUUGAGAAAGCAUUUAAAGUCAUUGUUUUCUAAAGAAAACAAUAAUGCUGUUAUUGAAGAAUUCGAAGAAAAGACAUUCAAUUACCCAAGUCAAUAUGAAGUUAGAAACUCAUGGAAAUCAUCUAAUGAGGUUGAAACAGUUGAUGAAGAUAGUAAAUUCAAUCCAUUUGCCAAAGGUGGUAUUCAUAAUUUCUUCCAUGGUAAUUAUAGUAGUGGUAAGUCACCUUUUGGAUACUACUCCUAUAAGACUCCAUCCAUUAGAUAUUAUAACAAUUGUAUUAAUAAAGAUGGUGAAUCAGUUUGGGACUCUAGAGGUUAUUGGAGAUGUUUAUUCCCAAAUAGUGAAGUUCCAGUUGAAUUAUUAAACUAUAAACAAGAAAAACUUUCCGAUAAGAUUCUUACUAAAGAAGAUUUUAGAAAUGCUAUUCAAGAAAAAGGGAUCUCAGAAACCAAUGGAGCCAUUGAUCUUGGUGAAAAAGGUGUUUAUUUCAAGAAAUUUGAAGAUUAUUUAAAUUGGAAAAGUAUUAUGUUUGAAAACGUUAGAAAUGAUAGAUCUAGAAGAAGAGAAAGAUUUAGAAAGAGAAUCGAAGAAAAAGCUGAAAAGUUAUUUCCUUCAUCUUCAAGUCCAGUUACUAAUGAAAAGGAUGUAAUUGAUUUUAGUACUCAAGUAGAAGUCCCUAAAAUUGAUACAAAGAAAGUAACUUCAACUAUUGUUACUAGUUUCAGUCGUACCAAUCCUGAUACUAAAGAAAUUGAAUAUAGAGAAUCGAAGAAAGAGUAUUUUAAUGAUGGUACAUCAAUCAUGACUACGGUAAAUAAAUCAAAACCUAUUGAUUCAUCAGAUUGGGUUAAUGUUAACGAAAGUGUGGAACGCUCAGGAGCCGGUAUCACUUCAAGCUUUAAGUCGAAAUCUUCAGAUGCAAAGGUGGUUGCUCCAAGUGAAGAUUCUACAUCCAAUGGUGGAUGGUUUUGGAAUUCUAGCAAGAAAUAAUUUUAAGGAUGCUUUAUAUUCUUGUUUGUCUAUGGUUUUAAUUUAGUUAUUUUUUUAUAGUUAUCUUUUUUUUAUUUUAAGAUGUUGAUGCUACAUCGUAAUUGUUGAGUUGUUAUAGGUAAGGUUAAUUGUUAAACGUGUAUAUAUUGUUAUCUAAAUCUAAAUUAAU